UCGUAUAAAUCUUUCGCCUUUUACUAAAGAUUUCCGUGGAGAGGAACAGGCACGAGUGUCGAGAAAUUUUUUGAGGCUCCACUUCGGUGGAGCUAUCCCUCUUAUGGUCAAAAACAGAAACAAUAAUAAGUACUUUAGGAAACAAUCAGCCAUGUGCACAUAUAGUGACAAUAGUGACUCUAAUGUAAUCGGUGAGGUCAUGUAGACCGUGGUGUAAGUGGUAAGUGGGUCCUUCACGAUCAUUCGUGUCCAGAUUUCACGGGCGGGUUAUAGGAAUUAGCUGGGUGGGUGCGGCCAGGGCGCUGUGGAUAUUGACGUGUGUCGAAGUAGAGACAAGUGACAAACGCCACGCUGUGCCUCAGGGCUGUGUCUUGAGACGGGCUGGAGCUUUUAAAAUCUUUAUCAGUGACACAGACAGUGGGAGGGAGUGCACCCGCAGCCAGUUUGCAAGGUGAGUGGUGUGUGUGACACACCUGAAGGACAGGGUACCAUGUAGGGGGACAUGAACAAACUUGGGCCCACAAGAACCUCAUGAAAUUCAACAAAUCCAAGUGCCCUAUGAUGCCUUUGGGUGUGGACAGUCCCAGACACGAGAAGAACUGGAGAACACAGACUGGAAAACUCACUUAGAGCAGCCCUGCUGAGAAGGCAGUGGGGGUUCUUAUGGGUGAAAAGCUGGACAUGAACCAAAAGUGAGCAGUUGCAGCCCAGAAAGCCAAAUGCAUCCUGGGCAGCAGGUCAGAUGAGGCAGUUCUGCCCUUUUUCUGCUGAAUCCAGCUCUCUGGUCCUUAAUAUGGGAAAAAUGUGGAUAUGUUGGAGCAAGUCCAGAGGAGGCUAUGAAGAUGAUCAGAGGGCUGGAGCCUCUCUCCUGUGAAGACAGGCUAAGACAGCUGGGGUUGUUGAGAAAAGGAAAAGAACAGGCUUCGGAGAGAUCUUAUUGAGGCCUUCCAAUACUUCCAGGCAGCCUAUGAAAAAAACAGAGAGUGACUUCUUACAAAAGCAUAUAGUGACAGGGCAAGAGAGAACGUUUUAAAAUUAAAAGAGGAGAGCUUUAGAAAGGAAUUCUUUACUGUGAAGGUAGCGAGGCACUAGAACAGGUUGCCCAGGGAAGUUGUGGCUGGCCUAACCCUGCAAGUGAUUCAGACCAGGUUGGAUAGGGCUUUGAGCAAUCUGGUCUAGUAGGAGGUGUGUCUAUUCAGGGCACAGGGAUGAGAACGAGAUGAUCUUUAAGGUCCCUUCCAGCCCAGACCACUCUGUGAUGCUAUUUUAUUUUCCUUACAACUUUUAAUUUAACACUGUUUUGCUUUAAUUGUUGAACUCCUUAAUCUCAAGCCACGAGUUUCUCGCUUGUCCCCAUCCCGCGGGGGCGGUUAAAGCACGGCGCGCACCGCGAGCCCUGCUCAGGCUGAGUCCGCCCCGCCCCGCCGCCUGAUUUGCAUACCCACAGUGCCCCGCGGCGCCGCCGGUGUCCGGCGCUGCCGGUGUCCGUUCCCGCUCUGUCCAGCGCCGCGGCUGCUGCCCCGCCCGGGCUGCGGGGCUGUCCGCGGUGUGCGCUCCCGGGGCUGGCCGGGAACACGGGGCUGGGAGCGGCGGGGCGAGUGUCGCCCUGACUUGUGCGGGGGGCAGCAGACAGCGGGUACGUUGGGUAGGAGCAGUAAAGGUAUACUCUGGUUUCUCUUCAGAUCGCAUAAAUCUUUCGCCUUUUACUAAAGAUUUCCGUGGAGAGGAACAAGUACGAGUGUCGAGAAAUUUUUUGAGGCUCUACUUCGGUAGAGCUAUCCCUAAAGUGGUUGAAAAACAGACAAAACUUAAUUAUCUUACUAGAAACCAAGUCAGGUCUAAGUAUACCUAACAUCGUCCGAGAAUGACGACGGUAAUUCCCUCGGUCUAACGCCUGCGGGCUGUACAGUCACACCUCCGCAUGCUAUCGGCCCCAAAAGUGUCCCACCUGACCGCGGCUGGAGCAUCCCGCGGCCCUACCCAGGAGCAGGCCCUCCGCCCGCCCCAAGCCGCACCCACACAGCAGGGCCGAUUGCCCCGGCCUCUCCUCCCCGGGAGCCGCAGCCCUGCCCGCCCCUAGGACCGUACCUCCCGACAGACUGCGCAGGUCCCGCCGCCUGGCCUGCCGGGAGAUGUAGUCCCGCGGGGCUCCCGGCAGCCCCCGCGGCACGCCGGCGCGCGGGGUUUAAACCGGCGGCGGUUGCCGGGGGGGUGUUUCGCUGCUGGGGCGGGACGCGGUUCCUGUCCCUGUGUCCGCGCCAUGGACUCCCGCCUCUACCGCAACGUCCAUCCCGGUGCCGUUAUUAACAUCCAGAGGAGCAAUGGCCUCAUCCAUAAGGCAACGGUGAAGGUAGUGAACUUGGAGCACUCCUGCGUGACCGUGGAGUGGUCUGAGGGUGGUACCACCAAAGGCAAGGAGGUUGAUAUUAAUGAUGUGGUUGCAAUAAAUCCUGAAUUAUUAGAACUACCUCCUGCUGAUGUGAAAGAGAAUGUUCCUUUGCAAGACAAUGUAACUUUACAGAAACAGAAGCGUAGAACAACCCUUUCAAAAAUUCCUGCUCCACGGGAAGCAGUCACAUCUAAUGUCUCUGCACAUGAGCAGAAGAUUCAAGCUGUGCGUGGCCGUUCCAGGAUCUCUGCUAUCGCAGAAUCCCAGUGCAGCCUCCAGGAAGAUGAGAUGACAGUGGAUCCCUGCGCUUCUUUGCAAACCGCAAAAUAUUCCUCACUUCCUGCUGGCCAAACCAGGGCUAGCAGGCUGGGUUGUGUUCCAGAAGCCUCACUGUCAAGUGUAAAUGGAAAUACAGAAAAUCAUCUGCCUGCUGCUAGAACGAGCUCUUCAGAGAGCCCAGUUCGAAGAAGAUCUAACAUUGUGAAAGAGAUGGAGAAAAUGAGAAACAAGAGAGAAGAAAAGAAAGCUCAAAUGAGUGAAAUCAGGCUAAAACGAGCACAGGAGUUUGACAGCACCUGUCCAAACUGGGAGUUUGCACGUAUGAUCAAGGAAUUCAGAGCAACUUUAAACUGCCAGCCAAUAUCUAUAAGUGAUCCAAUAGAAGAGCACAGGAUUUGUGUCUGUGUGAGAAAGCGCCCUCUCAAUAGGCAGGAACUUCUAAAAAAGGAAUGUGAUGUGGUUACUGUUCCAAGCAAGUGUGUCCUGAUGGUGCAUGAGCCAAAGCAGAAAGUGGACCUAACAAAAUACCUUGAAACCCAAACAUUUAGAUUUGACUUUUCAUUUGAUGAAGCUUCUUCAAAUGAAAUGGUAUACAGAUUCACUGCUAGACCUCUUGUAGAGACCAUCUUUGAGGGUGGGAAGGCAACAUGCUUUGCAUAUGGCCAGACAGGCAGUGGCAAGACACAUACGAUGGGCGGAGACUUUUCCGGGAGAACCCAGAAUGCCUCAAAGGGCAUCUAUGCUUUUGCCUCACAAGAUGUCUUCCUCCUCCUAAACCAGCCCAGGUACAGGAAUCAGAAUCUGGAAGUCUAUGUGACUUUCUUUGAAAUAUACAAUGGAAAAGUGUUUGACCUCUUGAAUAAGAAGGCCAAGCUUCGAGUCCUGGAGGAUGGCAAGCAACAGGUCCAGGUUGUUGGUCUCCAAGAAAGACCAGUUAACUGUGCUGAGGAUGUCAUCAAAAUGAUCACAACUGGCAGUGCCUGCAGGACAUCUGGGCAUACUUUUGCAAAUGCCAGCUCUUCACGGUCACAUGCCUGCUUCCAAAUCAUACUGCGCCGAAGAGGACAAAUGAUUGGCAAAUUUUCCUUGGUGGAUCUGGCAGGAAAUGAAAGAGGUGCAGACACAUCUAGUGCUGAUCGGCAGACACGGAUGGAAGGUGCUGAAAUCAAUAAGAGCUUGCUGGCUUUGAAGGAGUGCAUCCGAGCUUUAGGGCAGAACAAGUCUCAUACCCCUUUUCGGGAGAGCAAGCUGACGCAGGUGCUGAGAGACUCUUUCAUAGGAGCAAACUCAAGGACCUGCAUGAUAGCAAUGAUUUCUCCAGGCAUGAGUUCGUGUGAGUACACCUUAAACACACUGAGAUACGCUGACAGAGUGAAAGAGCUCAGCCCUCAUGAUGGAGGUGGUGAAACUCAGAAUCAGAUGGAGACUGAGGAGACUGAGACCAGUACAGAAGGCUCAGGUCUUCAACUCAAUCUCUCCAAGGAUGAGGAGGAAGAACUCUCUCCCCACAUGUUCAGCUAUCGAGAAGUUAUGACUCAAAUUAGUGAACGGGAGGAGAAGGUUGUAGAACAGCUCAGAGAACUGAGACAGAGAAUGGCUACUGAACUUGACUACCUCCUGGGAAUCACAGAGAAACCAGACUAUGAUCUUGAGACCUUUGUGAGCAGGGCUAAGUACUUCAUAGAGGACAGCUCAAGAAAUUUCCUCAGUGUCAGAGAAACACUGGAUGCCCUGGGGACUGCCAUGCAACUGGAGGAGCAAGCCAGCAAGCAGAUACGCUGGCAGAGGCCUUAGUCAUUACAGCAAAGCCUGGUUCACAAGCAAUCUUGCAUGCACUUGUCUUGUCUUGCAUGUUCGUCAGUGGUUUGUAUGACUCCUGUUUUAAAUGUGGUAGGGUGUCUGCAGGUCACAUGCCCGAGGGCAGUGAACACAGCAGUCUUUUUUUUCAUGACCUGUAUCAGGGUACUCAGCAAAGUGCUAAAAUGCAUCCACUGCAAGGCUUGGGUAGGUGGCCUGAGACCCUGCAGUCUCUGCCUGAGAUAUCUGGCAUUUAGCCCUUUGCUAGUGACAAUGGUCUCCCCUAAGAUAACUGAAUACACAUGUAUAGGUUUAUGUAUACACAUAACCUUUUCCAGAUGUGCUUGAAACAUUGCAAAACUGUUGCAAGUUUUGCUUUUCUAGAAAGAAAAUGGACUAUGUGAUUGUAAAAACUAGUAUUUUAAGAAGUUGAAUAAAUAAAUGUUCUUGAAUCUCAUUAUCUUAUCUGUCCUACAAAAAAAAUAUUUCUUGCAGAUUUUGGUAAAGUUUAACAGCUCCUAAAGACUGGCUUGUUGUUGGCAGGGAGGCUGAUUUCUUGGAUUAAGUUUCUUUUCAAAAUGUUUAUACUUGUAAUGUUUACAUAAAAAUCACUCAAAAUA